AUGUCUUCCCUAUCGAUCUCAGACCUCACGAAGUUACAGACGGUCAAGUACGCCAAUUUGGGCAGUCUUGCUAUCCUCGUAUUCGAUUAUUGCAUCACUUUUUCCGAAGAGGUGCAUUGGACCUGGUCCAAAUCAUGGGACGUAACUCGUAUCAUUUUCAUCAUUUCUCGAUACUUGCCUUUCGCGGGUGUGGGAAUGACUGCAUAUGGCGACAAUCAGUGUACCUCUACCCUGGAAGGAAAUAUCAUUCACAUCAUCAGUAUCGUUUCUGCGGAAGCCUUGCUGGUUAUUCGGACCUGGGCGUUCUGGCAAAAGAGUAAAAAAUACUGA